AUGAAUUUCACUUACCGCCAUGGAGUUCAUCGGCCUCUUCAUGCAUGGAACCACAGCCAUGGACUACGGCACAGUGAUCUGAAUAGAUCGAUGGAAAAAGGCUACUCUUCAGAAGGCUGUUAUGAGCAACUUUUUGUCUCGCCAGAAGUAUUUGUGACCUUAGGCUUUGUCAGCUUGCUUGAGAAUGUGCUGGUGAUCGCAGCUAUAGCCAAGAACAAGAAUCUGCACUCCCCAAUGUACUUUUUUAUUUGCAGCUUAGCAGUGGCCGAUUUGCUGGUAAGCAUCUCCAAUGGAUCAGAAACCAUCGUCAUCACCUGGUUGAACAAUACAGAGGUCGACACACACAGUUUUACCGUUAGCAUCGACAAUAUCAUUGACUCGGUGAUUUGCAGCUCUCUCCUGGCCUCCAUUUGCAGUCUGCUUUCCAUAGCUGUGGACAGGUAUUUCACAAUCUUCUACGCUCUUCAGUACCACAACAUCAUGACAGGGAGGCGUGUCGGUAUCAUCAUCAGCUGUAUCUGGGCUGCUUGCACAGUUUCGGGUGUCCUGUUCAUUAUUUAUUCUGACAGCAGCGUUGUCAUCAUUUGCCUCAUCGCCAUGUUCUUCACCAUGUUAGUCCUCAUGGCCUCUCUCUACGUCCACAUGUUUAUGCUAGCCCGGCUGCACAUGAAAAAGAUUGCAAUUCUCCCAGGCACCGGCCCAAUUCGUCAAGGGGCCAAUAUGAAGGGCGCCAUCACUCUGACCAUCUUGAUUGGAGUCUUUGUAGUGUGCUGGGCCCCACUUUUCCUCCACUUGCUUUUCUACAUUUCAUGCCCUCAAAAUCCCUACUGUAUCUGUUUUAUGUCCCAUUUUCACCUGUACCUCAUUCUAAUCAUGUGUAACUCUAUUAUCGAUCCACUUAUCUACGCUUUCCGAAGCCAAGAGCUGAGGAAAACCUUCAGAGAGAUUAUGUGCUGCUGUAGCCUGAGAGAGUCAUGCGAUUUCUCAGGAAAAUAUUGA